AUUUGCCAUGUUGACCGCGUUGGUGUCUUGCCGCCACCGCGCGCUGUCCACCGCCAUCCGAUCAAUGCGAUCGUUUGGAUCUGCUGCGCUCGAUGAACAGCCUACUGCUGCCAUCUCGGCGGAAGCGGCGGAGAAUCAGUACAUUGUCAAGACGUACAACUCGAAUGGCGUCCGCACGCAAGAAGGCCUCGUGAUCACGCACGGGAAAGGACCGUAUCUGUUUGACUCACGCGGAAACAAGUAUUUGGACUUUUACUCGGGCAUUGCCGUGACCGCUUUAGGCCACGCGGACCCGGAAGUAGCUGCGGCUGUCGCGGAUCAAGCCGCGAAGCUAUGCCACGUGAGCAACCUCUUCCACUCGGAACCCCCGCUUCGCCUUGCGCAAACUCUGGUGGAAAACUCUGGCUUUGACAAGGUGUUCUUUGCGAACUCGGGCACUGAAGCCAACGAAGGCGCAUACAAGUUUGCGCGGCUAUACGCGAACAAGGUGACCCAGGGAACGGAACUUGAAGGGAAGAAGAACCACGUCAUUGCCUUCAAGGGCGGGUUCCACGGCCGGUCGUCCGGCGCACUGUCGUUGACGUACAAGCCCGCAAUUCGCGAGCCCUUCCUUCCGCUUGUGCCGGGCGUGUCCUUUGCCGAGUACAACAACUUGGACGACGUCCGCAACUUGAUUUCGGACCGGACGUGCGCCAUUUUUGUUGAGCCCAUCCAGGGUGAAGGCGGCGUCUUGCCUGCGAAACCCGACUUUCUUCGCGGACUUCGCGCGAUCUCCAACGAAUACAACGCGCUCUUGAUUUGCGACGAAGUACAGACGGGCCUCGGACGCACAGGCAAGCUCUUUGGCCACGAAGUGUAUGGCGUGCAACCGGAUAUCAUGACGCUGGCGAAGCCGCUGGCCAACGGACUUCCCAUCGGCGCCGUCCUCACGUUGAACAAGGUUGCGGAAGCUGUGCCUGCUGGAGCGCACGGAACGACCUUUGGCGGCAACCCUGUCGUGUGCGAAGCAGCGAACGUUGUUGUCAAUCGAUUGCUUCAGCCUGGCUUUUUGCUGAACGUGAAAAAGAUGGGCCGGUUGCUGGCUCAAGGACUCAAAGCAGUUCAAGCCAAAUACCCCAACAAAAUCACUCAAGUUCGAUUGCCUAUUGGUGAAGCAGGGUUGUAUGCAGGGGUCGAACUCGUCGGGCCUGCUGCUCCCAUCAUCGGAGACUUGGUGAACCACGGUGUGCUUGCCAUCACAGCUGGAGAAACGGUGAUUCGGCUGUGUCCUCCUCUGGUCGUGACGCAAGACGAUGUCCAAACGUUCCUCACGGCGUUCGAGGAAGCAGUCGCGAAAUACACUGUCUCGGCAGUCUCGUAGAAGCAGCUGUGUUGCUGUCUUUUUCACAGUGCAGGGGUCAUUAGAUCAACUUGUAUACUUACCUGCAUGUACGCGUCGGUCGACAUCGAUACGACGUCGACAUGAUGGAUAGCGUUGUCAGCCCGCAAUGCCGCAGAUUCGAGCAUCUAGUUGUUGUGCUGUCCUGCCUGCUUCACUUGACUUGUGGGGUCAAUGUCGCAAGUGUUAGAGGAGUCCCAACAACAAUUCUCUCCAUCGCUGUCAACUGGAGUCAAGAGACGGUGG